AACGUCCUAAAGGUGUGAAGGCCUGCGGGAAGGCCUUUAGAAGUGACCAGUGAAAAGCCGAAGGGGAGGCCAGAGCUAAGAAGCCCCCAGGCAGGAUGGGCAAUUGCCUCAAGUCCCCGACUUCUGAUGAUAUCUCCCUGCUGCAUGAGUCGCAGUCUGACCGUGCGAGCUAUGGGGACGGGAACGACGGGGACCAGGAGCCGCCUCCCCCAUACCAGGAACAAGCACCGGUCCCAGUGUACCACCCCACUCCAAGCCAGACCCGCCUAGCAACACAGCUCACUGAGGAGGAACAGAUAAGGAUAGCACAGAGGAUAGGACUUAUACAGCACCUGCCUAAAGGAGUUUAUGAUCCUGGAAGAGAUGGAUCUGAAAAAAAGAUUAGAGAAUGUGUAAUCUGUAUGAUGGACUUUGUAUAUGGUGAUCCGAUCCGAUUUCUACCCUGCAUGCAUAUUUACCAUAUGGACUGUAUAGACGACUGGCUAAUGAGAUCAUUUACUUGCCCUUCCUGCAUGGAACCAGUGGAUGCAGCAUUGCUCUCUUCCUAUGAGACUAAUUAAACCCUAGAGGGCCUGGCACACAGAACAAAGACCAUUACUUCUAGAGGGAUUCUCUCUUCCUUGGUCUUCUGAGCCCAAAGAGCCAAAGGAUAAGAUUUAGAAAAAUGCACAAAGGUCUAUACAAUGUCUUAUCAACUGGCAGUCAAAAAAAAAAAAUUAACAGUAUAUUACAUUGGAAGGACACCUAGGAAGUAGUUUGUGGCAACCUUGGCCCGCAGUUUAAUACCGCAGCUUACUGGAUAUAUGGAAAUAUGCACUUGAAAGUAGUGUCAAUCUACCCCCUAUGUGUGUCGCCCUUGAAUUGUGGCCUCUAAAGUACUUCUGCCAUUAUUCUUGUUUCCUCUCACCAUGAAUUCUCGUGCACACCGCUCUUGUUAUGCUUUAAAAGUCUGUUAGUGUGUUUAUGUAUAAGGGGCAGUGAGACUGUAUAUCCUUGGGGAUCGAACACUACACUCCUCCAUCUUCUCUAAUGGAUGUUAGAUGCUGAAGUCUGUAUGGCUGCCAUUACAGUAAGUUGCAGCAUAUAGCUUUCAGGGAGGAUAUUCAGGUCCAAGUUACUGAAAGAAGCACAGAACGGCAGUUGAAUUCUUAUUUUCCAGUCACUGGAGAAAUGUUGAACUUGAUGACAUUUUAUCAGACUCAUGUGUACUCCUGGUGUUUCCCAGAAGCACAUGCAUUGGAUCAAGACACUUGAUGUCAGAGGAGCGUAACUAUUUCUAACUUCUGGAAAGAAUUUGCUUUUCACAUUUUAGAAAACUGGCACACUAGUAGUUUCACCCCCUUGUUUGCAGAGGCGCCGAAGCACGUUAAGGCCUGGCCUUCUGGGCCCUCUAAAGAGGGAGAAUAAUUUGCACCUUUUUAUUAUUAUUAUUAUUAUUAGUAAUUAUUAUUAUUAUAAUUCCUUCCAUUUGAAAUGGAAUUCAUGGCCUUCUGGCUCUGUAAAUUGGAACAUUUUCUCUGUAUGCAAAUGCCUUUUAUGUAUGAAGUGUAUUCAGAUGGAUAUGUGUGUGCAAAGAGAAUCGUACAGCAUUUAACCACGAACCAGUAGCAGAAUGUCCGCUGAUACUGAAAAACCUGUAUUCAAAUUGAGAAGUCAUAGAUUAUGCAUAUAUUUAUGUAUUUUAACCCCUUCAGUAAGAUGUACCCAUAGCACAUGGAACUGAAUGCAUGUCUGGCUUAUGAGUGGUUAAUCACCCUUUUUAUGUUUAUCACUACAGUAUGUGUUUCUUCUUUUAUUUUUUUUUCCUGUAUAAACUGUAUCUCCAUCAAGUCUUUCAAAGGGUUCUGCUAGUUCAGUACCGGAUUAAAACAAAGUAUCUCUGAGAUAUAAAAA